UCUCUCUUCGGCGUGGGCGCGCCCGAGGCGCUCGUCAUCGGCGUCGUCUCGCUGCUCGUGUUCGGCCCCAAGGGGCUGGCGGACAUCGCCAAGCAGCUCGGCGCGACGCUGCGCGAGUUCCAGCCCACGAUUCGCGAGCUGCAGGACGUGUCGCGCGAGUUUCAGGACACGCUGCGCGACGAGAUCGAAAAGCCGCUCGAG